AGGGCGAGGCGUAACUGACCCGAAGACAUCCUAGGCCUGGUUUGCCUCUCGCGCGGGUUUCGUACUGGUGGAACGCCAUUGAUUGACAGUAGUUUAUACGGCGUGAGUCAACGGGGAAGCAGACCGGACUCUCUGUCGCACCGCAGUAACUCCGGGAAAUGAUGAGCCCGAUGCAGGAGCUCAGACAUGUUCAGAAUGGGCCCUCUGGCCUUAAAAUCUACGCAGCCAGCCUGUGGUGCUUUCCCUCCCCUGCUGUUGCUGCUCCAACACAUAUCCAGGGAUCCCUCAUAGGCUUGUACAGCUAGCUGUGAUGAAGGCUAGUCUGGUACUACGCAUGCUGCAGUCACACCUCGGAUCGCAGUGGAGACAAACCCACAGGGACUUCUCCCCUGUGAAUGGCCCUGCUUCUAUAGCUGAUCAUGUAUCCGGCUUUAGCUCCCUUCUCUUUCCAUCCCAGCCUGGCGUGGGCCACACUAUGCCCUGCUCCAGCUUUCGUUCAGCACAGAGAGGUGCCAUUGAAAUGAUCUGUGUGCUGUGCACUCGCACCCACGAACGGUGUACGCGCACACCCUGUGUGUGUGUGUCUCUCUCUCUGUGCACGGCACACGUGCAUUUUACGCUCGCUCAUCCAGAGGCACAGCGGUAUAGCGUGGGAUCCAUCAAGCUCUCUUGGCCCCUGUUUGAAUGAAUUGCUGUAACAGCUGCUGCGUUCUAUAGAACCUCCCCGGAGGCCUGGCUGCCUGGCCAUGAGCCCCUAAAAUCCUAUUACCGAGUUUCAAGAGAAAUAAAAAGUUAAUCCUCUCUGUGGCUCUCCGCGGCCGCCGAAGCACUACGCAGAGCUGCCUGCGCUGAAGGCUGGGCCGCUGCAGUGCUGGUGGGUAACAGAGAAAAUGAAUUUGACCGGCUAAUCGACUUCAUCGAAAUAAGCAAAUGUUGUGAGGCUGGGGCAGAUUAAUGGGCAAGCCAGAGUGGGGAUUCCCCAGCCAGACAGGGUCAACUCUGUAGCUGGUCAUGUCUUGCAUUUAAAAUCCCACCCCUGUCUGUGUGCGGUGUUUUCAAGUCUGUGCCGGAGAGGAAGAACAUCAGGGCGAGGAGAGGGGAGCGCUCCAGCCUCACACCUGCCAAUAAGGUGACUCUGUGCUCCAGGUCUGGGCCAGCCUCGCUUCCCUGUGAGUCAGAGCCCUGCCAGCAGCUUGCCAUGCCCCUCCAAUCGGAGAUCCUGCAUGAGGUGUGGACCUCAGACAGUGUGACUGAGGAACCUGGGAGCCCCCAGAAGCAGAAACUUAACAAGCAGCGCCUCCUGCCAAGGCAGAAGCAGAAAAAGAAGCACCAGGAGCCCACGCUGGAAGCCAAGCCCAAGAAAUCGAAAGUGAAAAAGUUGGACGAUCCGAGCCCCACAGAGGAGCCCAGUGCCCCCUCUCAGACUGUCAGGAAACUGAGGAAGAAGAAGGAGGAGAAACUGGAGGAAGAGAGCGAGAAGCAGCCCUACCCCAAAUCCACCAAAGAGCCCAGGAAGAAGAAGGAAAAUCCCACGUCGCAUUUCAGUGUGGCCAAAGCCUCAAAAAAGAAGCAAGAGAACUCUGAGGAGGAGGAGGCGGAGAACGAUGACCCGCCGAAGAAGCCAAAAAAGAAGCUCCCCAAAGAAAUCCCAGCUGGAGAAAGCAGGGAGAGAAAACCCAAGCUGAAAGGAGACAAAAGUGAUUGUGAUGCCAAGCCCAGAGCUGCCAAGCCCAUGAAGAAGGAGCCGACGUCCAUGUUCCAAGUGAGCGGGGACAAGAAGGAGAGAAAAGGCAAAAAGAAAGCCCCAGCUCUCACGAACAGUGAGGCAGAAGACGACUCCGAUUCCAGCACCAAGCCAAUCAAACCCAACACGAAAAAGGACACAGCUUCCAUGUUCCAGGCGGGAGGCGACAACCACAAAGAGAAGAAGACCAAAAAGAAAGCUCUCCCCAAAGCCGCCAGGGAGGGGAGCGAGGGAGAGGCCUCGGAAAGCCCUCAGAAGAACUCCAAUAAGAAAGGGAAAGGGAAGAAGUCCAAGAAGAAGGAGGAGAGGCCGCCGUCCCCUGUCAUCGAAGUGGACAACCUGGAGGACUUUGUGCUGCGGCCGGCCCCUCAGGGGGUGACCAUCAAGUGUCGGGUCACUCGAGACAAGAAGGGGAUGGACCGGGGCCUCUACCCUACAUAUUACCUGCACCUGGACAAUGAGAAAAAGGUGUUCCUGCUGGCUGGUCGGAAGCGGAAAAAGAGCAAGACCUCGAACUACCUGAUUUCCAUUGAUCCCACUGAUUUGUCCCGAGGCGGAGAGAACUUCAUUGGGAAGUUGAGAUCCAACUUAAUGGGGACUAAGUUUACCGUGUUUGAUAAUGGUGUGAACCCCGACAGAGCUAACGCCGACUGGUCAAACGUGCGACAGGAGCUGUCAGCCGUCGUGUAUGAGACAAACGUUUUAGGGUUCAAAGGACCCCGGAAGAUGACCGUGAUCAUCCCUGGAAUGAAUUCGGACAAUGAGCGGGUGCCAAUCCGGCCCCGAAACGAUAAUGACGGGCUGCUUACGAGAUGGCAGAACAAGAACAUGGACAACCUGAUCGAGCUGCACAACAAGGCCCCGGUAUGGAAUGAUGAGACCCAGUCUUACGUCCUGAACUUCCAUGGCAGAGUCACCCAUGCCUCCGUCAAGAACUUCCAGAUCGUGCACAGCAACGAUCCUGACUACAUUGUGAUGCAGUUCGGCCGCGUGGCGGACGACGCUUUCACCAUGGACUACAACUAUCCCAUGUGCGCCGUGCAGGCUUUCGCCAUUGCCCUGUCCAGCUUUGAUGGGAAGCUGGCCUGUGAAUAACACACCUGGGAGCCCUACGUCCCUGAGCUGUCCUGAGCCUAGGCCAGUCGGAGGGGCUGAGCUAGACAGGGGUUUGCCUACAAUACGGGGAUCUGUGCUGACAAUCGAGAACCCGUGAAUCACUCUGCAGAUGUGAAUAACAGCUGGACUGGUAUUACUAAUGUUACCUGUGCACACCUGGACAGUGGUGCUGAAGGAGACCAAGUGGAGUCGUUAAAUGCAAAUAUGUAUCUACCGAUUAGGGUGUAGCAGGUCAGAUAUCACACAGUCACUGUUCUGUCUUCCUCAGCUUCCACCCUGAUGGAAGAGAUGGCCCCAAGCACUGCAGGGAUGCUCUUUUAAGCUAUAGUGGGUUGGAUCAUUACUGUAGAAUACCAGAAUAUCAUGUACUCUUGUCUCCAUCGAGUCUCUGGGUGGUUCAGAACUGGUCACUGGUCCCAGACCACAAAGCAGAAUCGCUCCCUCUAUAUACUUAGCAGAUGAGCCCAAUGGUUACUCUGACUUCAUCCUUUCAGGAAGUUCCUCGGAGUCCUGGAAGUACUUUUUUAGAGGUUUUUAGAUUCUGUUUUAUAUAUUGUAGCAUUAGAUUUAAAUAACAAAGGAGUGUGGGAGGCAGUUAAUUUGUUUUCUUUGUAUGAUAACGGUCAAUAAAUGAAAAACUGUGGUGACA